AGUGAAAAUAAGAUUUAAGGAUGUAAGAAUAGUGAAAGAUGAAUAGCUCUUCUCCAUUUUUACAUCUUAAUCUCCAUGAAAGACCUUUUGCAAGCAAGUAUAGUAAAUGCUACAUGCCAUUCUUUUGACUUUUGUUAGUUUAUAUUUAAAGCUAGAGAGAGAAUACACUCACUCAUUUUUUUUACCUCUUUUGAAUGCCUAUCUUGGGACAGCAUUUGAAUCACCACCACCGUCAAUCUGUCUAUAUAUAGUGUAGAAAGCUGUAUACACCUAUCCAACCCUUGUUCAUCCUAGGUUGAAAGAAAGAAACAGAGAAAGAAAGAAAGAAAAUCACAUAUCUGAUCAACAAAAAGUUAAGUAAUCUGUUCAAAAUCUUUAGAAGGGAAAGAUUACAAUAUGGGAAGACCACCUUGUUGUGACAAAGUAGGAGUUAAGAAAGGUCCAUGGACUCCAGAAGAAGAUAUAAUCAUUGUAUCUUAUAUUCAAGAGCAUGGUCCUGGUAAUUGGAGAUCUAUUCCAACCAAUACUGGUCUGUUAAGAUGUAGUAAGAGUUGCAGACUCCGAUGGACGAAUUAUCUCCGGCCAGGUAUCAAACGCGGUAACUUCACCGAUCAAGAAGAGAAGAUGAUCAUCCAUCUACAAGCCCUUCUUGGCAAUAGAUGGGCAGCAAUAGCUUCUUAUCUACCACAAAGAACAGAUAACGAUAUCAAGAAUUACUGGAACACCCAUCUGAAAAAGAAGCUUGGCAAGAUCCAAAACAGCUCAUCUGAGGAAGAAAAUCAUCAUUGUUCAAAGAGGUUAAACUCAUCAUUAUUACCCUCAGAAAAUGCCAUAUCUAGAGGUAAAUGGGAGAGAAGGCUCCAAACUGAUAUCCACAUGGCAAAACAAGCUCUUUGUGAAGCUUUAUCUCUUGACAAUAAGUCCAUCAAUAUGCCUGAAUCAUCCUCAUCCACAAACUUUCAUUCCCAAAUAUUCCACCAACAAUCUAUGCUACCACCACCACAUAUUAAUCACACUACAAGUACUUAUACAUCCAGUGCCGAAAACAUUGCCCGGUUGCUGCCAAACUGGAUAAAGAAGCCCCAAAAACCUUCGCAUAAACCUACAAACUCUUUUAAAGAACAGUUUCCAAGUCCUUCAAGUGAAGACCUUGAAAAUUCACUGCUGUUUGGGUUCAACAACUCAAACUACAGCAGUAAUUCUGAGGUUUCGCAAUCCGUUUCAACUGAAACUACAAGUUUACUCCAUGAUGAUAGCAAACUGAAUAUAGAAAGUGUUCAAUUACCACCUAUUGGCUAUCUAGAGAAAUGGCUUUUGGAUGAUGCUACUGGUCAAGAACCCAAGGAGAUCUUUAUGAACCUUUCUUUAGAAGGAACUGAUGGCCUGUUUUAACUCUUUGAUCAUGUCCUGCUAGUACUUCACUGAAUUUUUUUGUGGAUGCAGGUUAUAUAGCAACUAAGAAUGGUACUUUUAGGUGUUUUUUGAAACUUCUUGUACUUCUAGGCAGUUCACUGCCCCUAUAAGCGAUCUCGGCAAGUUCGGUUGGGUGGCAAGUGAACCCAUAGAGUUUUUUCACCACAAUUUAACAAACGCUAUGGAGUUGUCUUGCCUUCCAAACGAACAUGUCAGAGUUCGCUUAUAGGGGUAGCAAGUUGCCUAGAAAGUGCCAAUCGAAUCUCAGUCUCUAUCCAUCUUAAACAAGUUUCAACCGCUUGAAGAAGCCUAUUCGUUUGUGUGUUUUCUCUUUAUUUUCUAGAAAAUGUGUUGAGAAGAAGUGUAAAUUCUAGUUCUAAGUGGUAUCUAGAACUGUACUACAGUCCGCAUAAUCCUAAAUCUAAUCCUAAAUCUCCUCAUCUUCUUCUUAGAACAAAUCUAUGUAAUCUAAGCUUCAUUACAUUGGCUAUAUCUAAGACAAUGAUGAAUGAGAAUUGAGUUUUCAAGUU